AUGUGGCUGGUCCAGGAGCACUUGGGGACCAUGCUCCAGCUUGAGCUCCACCUCCUCCUCCACUUCCUGGUCUUGUGGGGUCCUGGGGGUCAGGGGGUCCUGGGGGAGCAGAUGAAGCCGGCCCAGGCUCCCCUCAUCCCCCACCGGCCCUUCCUGGUGGUCUGGAACGCCCCCACUGAGUCUUGCCGGCUGCGCUUCGAGGUUGACCUGGACCUGAGCGUGUUUGACAUCGUGGCCAACCUCAACGAGACGCUGAGCGGGCCCAAUGUCACCAUCUUCUACCACAGCCACCUGGGACUCUACCCCUACUACUCCAGCAGUGGGGCGGCAGUCCACGGGGGCCUGCCCCAGAACCAGAGCCUCCCCAAGCACCUGAACAAGGCCCGGGACGACAUCGACAAGCUCAUCCCUCACAAGGACUUCCGGGGGCUGGGCGUCAUCGACUGGGAGAACUGGAGGCCCCAGUGGGUCCGCAACUGGGGAUCCAAGGACAUCUACCGCAACCGGUCCAGGGAGCACGUCCGCUCGCUCCACCCCACCUGGCCCGACGGCAAGGUGGAGAAGGAAGCCAAAGAGAGCUUCGAGCGGUCGGGGCUGGCCUUCAUGAACUCCACCCUGGCCCUGGCCGAGGGCCGCCGGCCGGCCGGCCUCUGGGGCUUCUACCUGUUCCCCGACUGCUACAACUACGGCUACAAGCGCCACCCCCAGCGCUACACCGGGGAGUGUCCCGACGUGGAGCACGUGCGCAACGACCACCUGAUGUGGCUGUGGCGGGAGAGCACGGCGCUCUACCCCUCCGUCUACCUGGACUACGAGCUGCGUUCCUCCGCCAACACCGUCAAGUUCGUCCACUACCGCGUCAAGGAGGCCAUGAGGAUCGCGUCCAUCGCCCGCACGGACCACACGCUGCCCGUGUUUGUCUACUCCAGACCCUUCUACGCUUACACCUUCGUGGUUCUUUCAGAGAAGGACCUGGUCUCCACCAUCGGAGAGAGCGCUGCCCUGGGCGCUUCAGGGGUGGUUCUCUGGGGGUCCUCGGAAUACGCUAGCUCACAGAGGAACUGCCUGGCGGUGAAGCAGUACAUCGACGGCCCGCUGGGUCACUACGUGGUCAACGUGACGUCGGCCGCCAAACUGUGCAGCCGGGCGCUGUGCCAGAAGAACGGGCGCUGCGUCCGCAAGAGCCUGGGCUCCGGCGCCAUGCUGCACCUCCCCCGCCGCUCUUUCAGCAUUCAUCGCCGCCCCCAGGGCCCCACCAGGAGUCCACCCCAUGGGGCCCCACCACAGGGCCAAGGGGCCCCAGAGCCACACUACAGAGUCAGAGGCCGCCUCUCCCAGCAGGACCUCCUGGACAUGAGGCACAGGUUCUCCUGCCAGUGCUACCAGGGCUGGACGGGGGUGCACUGUGAGGUGCCCCAAGCCCCGUCCCCUGGCCAUGCCCCUCUGCCCCGCCCCCGGCACGGCGGGCUGCUUUCGUUUCACUCCUCCUGCCUCGUCAUCAUCACUUUCCUGGGCUUCAGUCUGCUCGUCAAGUACCUCACCCUUUAG